GUCCAGCACUACGCUACAGUGGCUACUGGACGAGAAAGUCGCUAAAAUCGAGCACACAGGUCAUCGGAAAGGUGGGGGGACGUUCUUAGUUCCAAUGAACGGCGGUAUCUGGACUAUGUGCGUGUCUCUUGAAGAGGAGGAGGUGUCAAUAUUGUCCAGAGCGGCUUCCCAACACAGCCGGUGUGCACAAACUAUUUGGCGGACAGCGAGGAUGAUGAGCCGAGAGCGGACUGGCAACAUCGAAUGCAGAACCUCUCCAUAUCGUGCGCGCUCGUUUGCCUCAUAGUUCUAGGGAGCGCUGCUCUUGUGGGUGCUUUUGGCGUCUGCAAGCAUCAGAUCAGCGCAGUUCUGGUCACUGGGGUCAUGUACCUUUUAGCUGGUCUGUUCGCGAUGUUCACCCUCAUGAUAAUCCACUUCAAGCGCGUCCAGCGUACUUCCACCCGAGGCACCCACGGCGAUGGCACCGGGGAUGGGGUCGUGGGGCCCCAGGCCCCGGCCUACCCCCUCCUAGCCGCUAGAGAGUUCUCCACAGCUUGGUCACUAGAGCUGGGAUGGGGUGGAGUGGUACUAGCUACCACUACGUCGCUGCUUUGGAUUCUUUUGUCGAAGAUUAUGAGAUAUAAUCCUUUGUCUGCUAUGUUGUUGUAAAUUUGGAAUCGGUGUUUAAUUUUAAGGAGGUACCUACCUCUGACAGCUAAGUACACAGUCGGUGACUCUCAGUUUCUAGGUUACCCUAUCCUACCUGCAAGAAACUCAACAGACUGGUCACUGAUGACUAGUUUGGGUAAGGAGACAUGAUUCCAGCUACCACUGUCGUUGUCGCUAUUUUGGUUCCUUUUCUCGAAGAUUGUACUGAUUGCGAUGUUUUUGUCAGUUAUUGAUGUUUUAUGUUUGAGACGCUGUAGCUGUACUAUAAUCGUUGGUCUUGUAAUGCUAUGUUUGCGAUAUUGUGUUUUUGAUAUUAUGAGCAAUAAUUUUAGGCAGACGU